CUGUAAUAUGUGCCAUAUUUCCUCCAUAGGGUCUGUCCUUGGCACAUCUGAUGUAGACACUGUCUGGAUGAAGACCACCAUUCAGGGCUACUUCUCCCAGUCACGGAACCACGGCACAGGCUCGACCUACAAAGAGGCGGCAAAGAAUUUCAUCUUGAAGGAGUUCGGUGACUACGGCUUGGAGACCCACACACAUACUUUUGCCACAGGUGUCUCGACGGUCAAAGGCAACAACGUUAUUGGCAUUUCGAAAGGAAAGCUUUUCAAAACAGCCAAUGACAGGAUAGUUGGAGUCGCCGCUCAUUACGACACUGCGACGGGUACUCCAGGCGUGAAUGCAAACGGAGCCGGGGUCGUGGCCAUGUUGCAGGCGGCCAAACAUCUCGCCAAGUUUACUCGAGACUACACCGUGGUGUUUGUUGCAUUCGACUUCUUGGAGCCUGGAUCAGCCUGCACAACUCUUGGAUGCGGAAGUAGAGCGUUUAUGACUCACUGGGUGAAUUCAUACUGGUCCACGCUACCAACAGUAAUCGGCGUCAUUGUGAUGGACAAUGUAUUGAACUUCGAUGACAGCGCGGAAUCACAGAGUGUACCUACUGGAUAUAACAUGCUGUUUCCCAGCGUUGUGAGCAGCAUCGCCUCAAACAACAACAAAGGAGACUUCCUGACAGUCAUCGGACGUCCUUUUGACUCAGCUGUUCUCAACUCUUUCAUUCAAUCCUACACCGCUCUGGGUCAGCCGGAGUUUGGCAUGGAGAAGGUUUACAUCUCCACCUUAACUGGGCCUUCUGUUACUGUCGGCGAAACCAUCACCUACUCGGACCUUAUGAGAAGUGACCACAGUACCCUCUGGUUGAGUGGCAUCCCGUCCAUCUUCCUCACUGACACUGCCGACUUUCGGGGUUACAUGAAAACCUGCUACCAUCAAUCAUGUGAUAACAUGAGUCAGGUCACGGACAAGAGGAUCCAGUUCGUCUGGAAGACGACCCAGGCUGUCAUUGACACUGUGGGCAAACUGGCGCCAGCAUCAAGUGCAGGAGUACACCGUCUGGAUAUGUCUAUGCUUGGAGUUCUCGUGGGGAUAAUCCUGUGGAUCAACACUGCCUUUGCUGUAUAGACCCUCUGUAACCAGUUGCCCGCGCAUUAUAGACGGGACAGGCUGAAGUUUACAUUCGGACACAUUAAAAUGUUACCGACCGAUCCUUUAAAGAGGCCCUACCCUUAUUUUGUUCAAUUUGCCUGCUUAUUUCUGUUCCACUUUUCCUAUUUUCGGAGUUCGUUGUCUUCUUUAAUGUGUACAUUGUUAGUAUCCCUUCAUGGCGAUCAAUAAUGGCGUUCAUGAUUUCUUUCCUAAAAGGGAAUACUAUUAUAUAGUAAUGAACACACACUGUACCACUUUCUUGUUUGUUUUAAGUGAAUUAAAUUAAAUCGUUGUGCGAUGAAGAAUAUAAUGGACAAGAUCAAUAUUCAGAAUGACAAAUUCUAUAUUUGCUACAAAAAAACAAAAAACAAAGUUAAUAUCUGCCGAAAUUAACAACCCCCCCACCCCCACCCCCCCCCCCCCCCCCCCCCCCACCCCACCCCCCACCCCCGAUCCCCCAACAAAAAAAACAACACACAACACAACACAAAAAUCAGCUCUCAUGAAGAAAACUGGAACCACACCUCACCAUGUCGGUUAAAGUGUUCAAAACGGAGGAAAAAGUGACACAAGGAUGUAUGACGACACAAUAGUUAAAGGAUAUUUGCCUUGUAAAACUGUAUAUCUGAAAGACCUGAAAACAUUUUAUGAGUGGCAACAUAAUCUGUUUGUGUGUGUUCAGAGGAAGUUAUAACUACAGCUAUUUUAAUGUUGACUAUCAAUCAGAGCGUCAGUCUCAGGGGUAUCCGUGCGUGUUACUCGUAGUUUCAAGCGAGUUCUAAGAGACCAACAUAAACGAGUGAGUGUAAACCUACUAACACCAGGUGUUGAGGAGUGUUGGCUUGUUACAGUCCGAUAAUCCUGUUUCGAAGGAUGACGCAAGUAGAUAGAUAUUAUAAGUAAAAUAUCCACAUCAAGUAUUGAAUCCCACAAAAAGCAUUCAGCACAGUGGAACAAAAGAGAUUUUUAUAGUCAAAUCAAUGUAAAUUAGUCAAUAAGUUUAACUUUAGCUUCAUGUAUAUUGAUGAUGUGAUAUUGUUCAAUAACCAGGAAAUAGCAAAUUACCUUCCACUGAUUUACCCACCUGAACUAGAAAUAACGAUGCCCAGUGAGAGCGCUACAUCUGUUUCAUAUUUAGAUCUAUGCAUAAGAUUGUAAGUGACAAAACACUCUCAACAAGACUGUCUGACAAGAGGGAUGACUUCAACUUUCCAACAGUCAAUAUGUCGAACAAUAUUGUUGCAGCUCCAGCCCUUGUUGUCUACAUUUCACAAUUUUUGAAGUACAAUCGUGCAUACUCUUUCUGCCAAGAUUUGAAAAAGUGUCACUAGACUCUUGCUCAAAAGCUGUCUGAUCAAGGUUACAACAUUAAAGGCCCCAGUAAAACUUUCAAAAAGCAUUUAUCUUAGUAAUGUGGAAGGAGGUGGGGUAGCCUAGUGGUUAAAGUGUUCGCUCGUCACGCUGAAGAUCCGGGUUUGAUUCCCCUCAUGGGCACAGUAUGUUACACCCCUUUCUGGUGUCCCCUGCCGUGAUUUUGCUAGAAUAUCGCUAAAAGCAGCGUAAAACAAAACUCGCUCACUCACUAGUAAUGUGGAGGGCAUUAUGUCGCAUCAGUGACAAUAAUGAUGUCCGGUGCAAUUCCCUAUUUUGACUUGUACCAUAUGUUCCGUGUUAUUUCAGAUGAACAAUUGACUUGUCUGUGCACAUAUUUGUGACGGGUGUCAACGGUGGGGCAGGUUACGCUCACCUUUUCGCGAACAAAAAGGCAAAAAGGAAAAUAUGACAGGAUUUUGUCGCUCUUAAUCAUAAGUUACUCGGAAAAGGUAUGUAUGGUAAGAUAGGGACACCACUAAGAAGUAUAUAUGGAAACGUAAAAUCAGUAGUAGCCUUCAGAUGCAAUACGCUUUCAGGUGUAAGACAGGGAUGUUCACUAUACAGCUAUCACCACUUCUUUUUAUCUUUUACAUUGAUGAAUAUGGGGAUGAUAUCGUGAACACCGAUUACAGUUGUGUUAUCGUAGAUGAAGAUGUACAGGCAUAAUCGUUUAGACUUUUUGCUGAUGAUGUUGCAAUAACUGCAGAUCGUGUUUUUAAUUUGCAGACAACGAGGAAUGUUCCAUUUAAAUACUGUGCUGAAUGGGGAGGGUAUCGGUAAAUACUGUUACGACAAAAGUUGUUGUUUUCAAGAAAGUUUGAAAGAUAUAUAAACAUGGGAAUGGUUUCUCGGUUCAGAAAGACUUGCAGUAAUAUAUAACAAAUAAAAUAUCUUGAUUUAACAGUUCAUGUCGAAACCUAAUUACAUGUGCAUGUAGAGUACUUUAAGUGCAAGCAGAUAAUGCAAUGCAUUUAUCUAAGCAGUUUCUUAGUAAAUUAAGAAAUAUACCCGAAAUUAAUAUAUCUUUUCACAUAUGUAUAUCUAAUAAACAAAUGGUGUUCCACUAAUUGUCCUGAAACAAAAUGUCAUUGUGCUAUUGGUCUCAUGGCCACAUAUACGAAAUAAAUCUGUCUGUCUGUCUAA